AUGUCGCAGCCUGAGUCACGCAAUCCGGUCCACGAGGCGUCCGCCUCGACAUCUGACCACAACGACCUCGCCGAUGCUGUCGAAACCAAGUCUUUGCACACCGCCAGUGAUGCUGAAGAAGGUGACCUGAAGCUCAACAGCCUCGUCGCACCCAUCGCUGCAGUACCUCAUCUCACGAACCACGAUGAUGAAGAUGUCUGGAUCGCAGACGCCCAAGCAGGCGCGGUAGGGGCGACCUGGAAGCACCGUCUUCCGGCGCUGCUCAUGGUGCUCUUCCUGACGCUCGGCAGCAACUUUGCGCAAUCUUCGCUCGGCCCACUCAAAUCGACGAUCAAGAAGGAAAUCAAGUCGGUGACCAACGCACGCUACGGCGCCAUCUCGUCGGCGGACCAGCUGAUCAACGGCGUGCUCCCGCUGUUUUCGGGCAUCAUGAUCGACUACUACGGGCCUAGCAUCACGUCUGUGCUCUCGUCGAGCGCGGUGCUGAUCGGCGUCAUUGUUCGCGCGGUAGGCGGGCAGCGACGCAGCUUUGCGACCAUCUUGGCGGGGCAGAUCAUCUUUGGCUUUGGCAGCACUACGAUCGAGACGAGCCAGUCGAAGCUCUACACGCACUGGUGCAGGGAUUCCACCUCUCUUUCUGCGGCCCCGAAGCAGGGUCAGGAUGGGGAGGACAAGGUGCGGAAGCGGAAGUGGAACCGAGGCGCGGCGCUUUCCAGUGCUGGCUGGCUGGGGUUCGUGUAUGGCCUGGAUAUCGCCAUGGGUCGGGUGUUCAACAUUAUGGGUUCGAUGAGCUCGGUGCCCGUGGCGGAAUCGACGGGCAAGUGGUACUGGUCCUUUUGGCUCUCUGCGAUUCUGUGUGCGGUUACGCUCGGGCUAAACUUGGCGUACGUUGUGUACGAACGUGCGCUGCCUCAGCAGAUGCGCGUGGUAACGGGACGACAGCUCGCAGCACAGGCGGCGCUCGCGUCGUCUUCGAGCUCCUCGUCCGACGAGAAGCACGGGCAGAAACGUAUCCUGCGGCCCUUUUCGCUGCGUCACUGGCAGCUGCUGACGCUAAGCGUAGGUGCGAUUCCGGCCGCGUUCUGGCUGGUGACCAUGACGCAAGUGCUGCAGUCCGGGACGGUGGGUGCGUAUACAUCCAACCUGGCCGAGGUGGUGCAGAUCACGUGGGGCAAGUCCAAGCUGCGCGCCGGGUAUGCGUCGUCGGUGGGGCAGAUCCCUCCGAUUGUGCUGACGCCGCUGUUGGGCCUCAUGUUUGACCUGUUCGGCCGGCGCAUGUACUACGUCUCGGGGUGUGCGGCGCUGUGGGUGGUCGUGUUUGCACUGCUCGCGUUCAGCCGGGUCAACGUGUACCUGCCCGUCGUUCUCGGCAGUGUCGCACUCUCGUUCAACGCGCUGCCCUUCAUCGCCUCCAUCCCGCUGCUGGUUCCCAAUCAGGCCUCGAUCGGCACCGCCUUCGGCAUCUGGAAGUGCUUCAACUCGGCCGGCUCGGUCACCAUGGACGUCGCAUUCGGAGCGAUCCAGGACCUCACCCCGCGCGGCACGUCGCAGUUCCGCAACGCCUUCUCGCUGCUCAUCGCGCUCAAGUCGGUCGAUGUCGUCUACGGCCUGCUCUACCAUGUGAUCGAUCGCAGGUACUUUGGCGGUGUGCUCAGGCUCAAUGAGCGAGAGCUGCGCGACAAGGCGCAGACCGAGACCGACGCAGAGAGGACCCACGCGCUGCGCAAACCAAUCAGGAACUGGACGCUUGCAGGCUGCUCGCUCCUCGUUGCCUUUGUCACUACCGGCUACGUGCUCUACAUCGUCUACUCCAUCGGCACUUAG